AUGUACAAUUUUAUUAAUUCAGGGCAUAAAUUUCCUGUAACUCACAGGGAUAAAUUUUUUUGGAAACCGACAGUAAAAGGCGUAAUACACAACAGUAUAUUGGAUUUGAUUGGCAAUACCCCACUCGUGAAGCUGAAUAAAAUUCCGAAAGCAAACAAUUUGGAAUGCGAAAUUUAUGCUAAAUGUGAAUUCCUAAACCCUGGGGGAUCCAUCAAAGACCGUACAGCGCUUGCUUUGCUGAAAGAUGCCGAACAAGGUGGUAAUGUGACAGAUAAAACUAUAUUUGUUGAGCCCACCUCUGGAAAUACUGGUAUUGGAGUUGCCUUUGAAGCAGCACUUAUGGAUAAUAAAAGUAUAAUUAUUACCGGUGAAAAAAGUUCUAAUGAAAAAGUCAGCACCAUGCGUUUGCUCGGUGCCGAAGUAAUUCAGACGAACAAAUCUACCAUUGAAAUAGCCCACAAGAUACAUGACAAAGACCUUCAAAAUGUGGUUAUACUCAACCAGUUUGAAAAUGACGCAAAUCCGCGAGUCCAUUAUGAAACCACGGGAGAGGAAAUUCUAAAUGCUAUGGGAGAAAUAAAUAUGGUAGUCAUGGGAACUGGUACUGGAGGAACUUUAUCCGGCGUGGGUCAUAAAAUUAAAGAGCGCUACCCGAACUGCCAUAUUAUUGUAGCUGAGCCUGACGGCUCUAUCAUAUUUAAUGUUCAUGGAAAGAAACAUCCGUAUCUCGUUGAAGGUAUAGGUGGUUCUAAAGCACCGAUAGUCUUAGAUAAAUCUGUUGCAAAUGGCUACGAGGUGGUCACCGAUGAAGAAUCAUUUUUGAUGGCCAGGGAACUUUGCCAGAAGGAGGGACUGCUUUGUGGCGGAAGCAGUGGAGCCGCGAUGGCAGCCGCAAUAAAAGCUGCAAAGAGAUUGAAACUAGGCUUGGGAAAACGUAUCGUGGUUAUAUUGACUGACGGCAUUCGUAACUACAUGACAAAGUUUGUUUGCAAUCAAUGGAUGGAAGCGCACCUUUUUCUGGACCCCCCAGAACAUACUAUGAGUUGGUGGAAGGACCCCAUUACAAAAAUAACUCCUGGUCAUGAAUAUCCAAAAGUCGAUUCUAAAAUGACUUGUCUGCAGGCAAUAAAAGAAAUGGGAAAGGGAAAUAUAGCAGUUGUAGUAAAUGAAAAAGGAUCGUUUGUUGGAGCUGUUUCAAAAGACAGCUUUAGAAAUUACGCAACAAACCCUACGAAGCUCCCAUACGAAGAUUCGGAAAAUUUUGAUUUUAAUGAAUCGGUAACCAACUACUUAGUGAAAGAUUGUCACAUCUUAGCAAAGAAUGGCAAAAAAAGGAAUGCCGAGUGUCGGCUUGCUAUCCAGGAUAUUGGACAUAACCGACUUUGUUGUUAUUGGAACCAAUGUUUCUAA